CAGAGCGGGCUUUGCAGAAGAUCGCUAAUCGGUCUCUCUCGAGUUCGACCUAAUUUGUGUGUGGGUUCGACAGAAGGAGCCUUCGCCACCGUCUGUGGUGAUUUUCGUUCCCAAGGUGCACUAAAUUUCAGGCUUCAAAGGCAAGCAGAUGCUGGAAUUCUAACUCACAGUAUAGUCUGCUGUUCGUUGACGUCACGAUAGCUGCUUUUAUCAAUGGAAUCGACGGAAGUGAAUUGGCUUCGCGACAGCAUCGAGUUUCGCCUGGUCAGCGAGCUUUGCCAUCAGUGCUGCAAUCGCCUCGCACCCCCUACGUCCGGCAAAGCAAAGGGGACCUCCAGACGGCAAAAUAAAGCAUGGGCGCUUGGUAUCGAGCUACGGAAAACCCUCAGGCGUCCAUCAGAUCUCGACCUCCUUCUUGGUCUGGACCCGACGGACGACGACGAAGAUAUCAGGGAGGCCCAGGGGGUGCUGGAGCUGCUCUGUGCUGCCAUUAACAAUAUUUCGGAGCCCAUCCAGAACCCGACUUCAGCUCCACAGCAGGGGCAGAAAUUGAAAUACGAACGGUUUGAGAACCUUCUACAGCGACUGAAGACUUCGGACACUAGGCAACAAAUCGAAGUCAUAUCUGGUCCCAGCCUCACCCCCUAUCGACGAUUGUUCGUUUCGCCACAGGCAGGCAACAGCGAGAGCGUGACGAAGGCGCUGAAAGAGCUGAACGAAAUCUUGGAUUAUGUUGCGGAACCGAAUGCCAACCUGACCGAUAUACCGGGUGCCGCGGCGACGGAAGCAAAUCUUGCGACGAGUUGGACGGAGACACCUCCCCAGCCGCUUCCCCAAGGCCUAGUGAGGAAUGGAGUCCAAAGAUGCUUUAGACACGCGGAGGUCGCCAUCAAAGCAAUCUGCUCGAAGUUGUCAAAGUGCGAAUACAGGGCGACGAAGGCCCACGACAUCCUGAUACAGCUGCCGGCGGUCGAACACAUCACGUCGCCAAACGGCCGCUCUCCGGGGUUGGAGCUGGAGCUGUUCCUUUCAGUCUGUCCGGACUCAUCUGGCUGGCAGGAGGCCAAGGUCAUUCGCCAAAGCAGCAAACAUGGUUCCUCCUAUUCGUCGAUAUGCAGCGCAGUUCAGGAGGCGCUUGCCUUGGGGGCCAGUCUAAAUUUAUAUAUCCAGGACCAACUGACCGGAAUCGUCGAAAACGACUUCCAAAUCCCCUCGGUCGAGCCCAUGGACUGCGGAAAAUCGAAGCCAAAGAAAUCAAGAACGCUGCAUAAGAUGCUCUGCUCCAAGACUCUCAGACGGCACUCUUCUAUCAGCAGCUUCCGAAUUUCCGCCACCGUUCACAUUGUCAGCGCGGACGAGCGAAAAACCCUCGCAGUCCAGGUCAUCUUCGGCCUUGUGAUGUGUUUGCGCUACGGCUGUAUCGCGGCGACAUGGGACUCUAAGAAGGUUUACAUCCUCGCGGCCGAAGAUGAACACCAGCAAUUGGCAGCCUUUCCCCAUGUCCUUUGUGUCGAGGGCGACCCCAGAACAAUGUGGUUUAACCUUCCGGGCCCGAAAGAGCCUCUAAACACAACAUCGGCGCCCAAGGCCUUCAAAGGAAUGGCCAAGGCGCUGUUGGAGAUCGGCUUUGGAGAGUGCCUGGACGACUAUAGUGAGGAAGACAUCUGGAAGAUUGUCAACAACAUGACAGGGGGGCAAGGUGUGCGCGGGAGCACAAACAACAGCCAGGUGGACACAAUCGACCUCAUCCCCUACGCAGCAGCAGCAAAGAGCUGUCUCCUGUUCUCUCUCCUGUACCGAAAGGAGGUGAAUAGGAUGAGCAUGAGCGGGGGGAGCGUGGAUCCCUGGGCGAUCGUGGAAGAGAUCGUGUAUAGGGAGAUCAUCGCCAAGCUCGACAAUAACUGCGUCAGAGACGCCCCUAUCGGCAGCAUGGGCAGCGUCCUCGAGGCCCGGAGCCGAGCUCAGGAAACUUUAGUGGCCAAAAUACACACCAGAGCCUGCAUCGAUGUCGCUCGGCGUAUUGUCGUGGACAUGCAGCCUACGCAGCAACCCGUGGUGAGAUUAUUUGACGGCUCUAAGCUAGGUGGAAAGAUCGGUGGAGAGAAUGACCAAGGAAAUAGUUUCUUCCUCAAGCUCGACAACUUUAGGGCGAAGUUCGAGCAUUACCUGAGCGAAAGGAGCAACAGCAUUACAUCACCAAGACCUGUUCGCGUAGCCAUUCUGGACACCGGUAUCGACAUGAACAAUGCCGGGAUCGACUUUGAUGGCACGCACAUGAAAAAAGAUUGGUGUAUCAACUUUGUUCACGACCUCCUCAACCCCAGCGCCCCCCUCGACACCAGCGCCUUCCAUGAUCGUGACGGGCACGGCACUCACUGCGCCUCACUUCUGCGCAAAGUUGCGCCCGACGCCGAGAUCUAUGUGGCAAAGGUAUUCGAUAAGAAUCAGUUCGAUUUGACACAGGCAGGCAAUAUUUCCGAGGCAAUCAAGCACUGUGUGACAACCUGGAAUGUCGACGUCAUCUCCAUGUCCUUCGGGCUGGAGCCUCCGGGGUCUUGCGCAUCCAUGGACAAAUGGAGGAGAAUCAAGAAGAACAUUGAAGAUGAGAUUUCGAGAGAAAGGACCAGACUGUUCUUCGCGGCGGCAUCGAACGACGGUAAGAACAAGGCGCGGGCAUUCCCGUCCACGCACCGCGACGUAUUUUGCAUCCACGCCUCGGACAGCGACGGCAAAAGCUGCGGCAUCAAUCCCCGCGCCGAAAAGGACAACGACAAUCUCAUGACGCUGGGCACUGGAAUCUGCCUUCUUGAGGACGACGACUACGUCAUCAAGGAGGGGACAUCGUUCGCCACGGCGAUAGCGGCCGGGAUGGCUGCUAGCAUCAUGCAUCUGACCUCGCGGACGUCGAGGCUGGAGGGGCGGUCGCGGGCGGCGCUCCGAGCCAGAGCAGGUAUGCAAAAGCUGCUGAUGAAUAUGGCGGGGCCGGACAAGAACGAGCUCUGUCCGUACGUGGCCCCAUGGCGGUACUGGAAGGAGGAGUAUUGGGGUUCAAAUCCGCACGGGCUCGAGAAGAUCUGGUGUGAGCUGAACACCGAGUUCAAUGACUUCAGCUGAUCUUGAGCCGGGUGAUAAUGGCCGACGUGCAGGCGCCGUCUGGAAUCUGGAGAUUUUGGUAGAGUCUGCAGUGGUUCUUGGGGCUACAGGGCCUGAAAACCCAUAAGCUACAAACACCGCCAGAGCGCAGCCCGGGCCAGCCAAGCUGAAGCGUCAAAGACAUAGAAGAUGAAGGGAAUAAAUAAAAACAAGAGCACAAAAAUGCCUUCAGAUAGACAGCGAGGUGCCUCUGUAGUACCACAAAAUAGCAAAGGCGAGAGAGAUUGCGACGGGAAAGACGGAUAGUCAACAAGUAGUGUCCAACGAAGUUGUCGAG